UAAAGAUGUAGAUGUCUGAAAGCGAAUUUUUUGCUGAUCUCAAAUACAGACUAGAUUAUUUAAAGAAGCAGGAGCUUAUGGGUGUUGAUAUUCAUGACAGGAACUUAGAGUCAAGUUAUUGUGAAUCAGAAAUUGACCCUGAAUUGGAUUCAAUUUUAACUAAACAAGGUUUGGUCAAAAAAAAAUAAUAGAUUCAGAAUCAAAACCAAUUAAGCAUGAAACUUAAGAUGCUCAAGAAUGUUAAAAUUAACUUCAAAGAACUCAGAAUCUAAGAUUUUGAAAUCCUUUCUACAUUAGGUAUUUAUUAAUUGGCUUAUAAAAUAUUAGGGACUGGAACUUUUGGCAGAGUCAGACAGGCCAAGAUAAAAGGAGAUCCUGAGAAUAAAGUUUAUGCACUCAAAAUUUUAAAAAAAACAGAAGUAGUUAGACUCAAUUAAGUUGAGCAUAUAAAAUCAGAAAAAGACAUUUUAACAUUCAUUGAACAUCCUUUCAUAGUAAAAAUGAAAACAUCGUUUCAAGAUUAGUUCUACAUCUAUAUGCUAUUUGAAUAUAUUCAAGGAGGAGAAUUAUUUAGCAGAUUAAGAAAGGAAGGUCGAUUUGCCAAUGACGUUUGCUUGUUUUAUGCAACUGAAAUCUUGACUGCAAUUAUAUAUAUGCACAAAAUGUAAAUAGUGUAUAGAGAUCUCAAACCAGAAAACUUGUUGAUAGCCAAGGAUGGUCAUGUUAAAAUUACUGAUUUUGGAUUUGCCAAAAAGAUAGGAAAUGGAAAGACAUACACUUUAUGUGGCACUCCUGAGUAUUUGGCUCCUGAAAUCAUCAAAGGCUCCAAGGUUGGCUAUGGAAAAUCAGUGGAUCAAUGGGCUUAUGGCAUAUUACUAUUUGAAAUGUUAUCAGGGUAACCUAUAAUCAGCCAUUAAUAGAUAUCCUCCAUUUUAUGAUAACGAACCUAUUGGAAUCUAUAAGAAGAUCUUGUCUGGACUUAUAGAAUUUCCUAAAUUCUUCGAUAACAAGGUCAAAGAUCUGAUAAGAAAGCUUUUAAACCCAGAAAUCUAGAGUCGAUUAGGAUUUAAUGAUGUAACUAUUUAUAUAGAAUUAGAAUGGAGAGUCAAUCAAGAAGCAUAAAUGGUACAGGGGAGUUGAUUGGACACUUGUGGAAAAUAGAUAGAUUCCUCCUCCUUGGGUCCCUUAUUUAAGAUCAGAGGAUGAUGUCUUUUGGUUUGAGAAGUACCCUGACUCUACUGAUGCUCCCAAGCAAUUGCCUCGUGAACUUUAACAUAUGUUUGAUGAUUUUUGA